AUGGCACCUGCGGAUACCAAGUACAAGUCCAGAAUCUCCACAGCCGCCUCAGCCACCGCCUUCGCCUUACACUUCCGGUCCCGCCCCACCCAGACGGAUGUUUACUCCGGCACUGACCAAUUGGAGCCCAAGACUCCCGUCCUGCCCCAAGAUUACCCGCCCACCCCCGACGCGGAGCGGUCCAAGUGGUCUCCGGGGAGGGGACCGCGGCCACUCGCAGAAGCCUCCUGCUCCGCCCCAUGGGGUUUCCCCCGGAAAACCAGGCUAAACCAUUGGGACUGCGUGGGGGGAGGUGGACAGCGCGGGAACUAG